AUGUACCUCCUGCCGUCUAAUGGGGCGACGGAUAUAGCAUCAACAUUGAAUCUUCAAGGUGGAUAUCGGUCGUUGGAUGUUGACGCGAUUUUUCGGCUCGAUCCAGAGAACUAUCGUCAUUGGUCUAGCUCCGGGUUCUUCCAGAUUACACUGGGAUGGGGCACUUUGAACUUCACUGAAGCAAAGACAAUCGUUAUCGCUGGAGACAUCAUCUUUGGACGCGGCGGUCAAGCUCUACUCGCGUUUAUCUCAUGGCGCAUAUUCGCCAUGUAUAUUACGACGUCUAUAGAAGUCACACCUGUAACAUUCAACAUUUAUCAGACUAUCUUCCUCCAGAACGAAACUCUUCUUACUGCUAUCCCGCGUACUGCCGAAGAAACGUCCUAUUGUAAACUGAGAAGGAAUGUCUCAGAUCACGUCACAAAUUACGGCUUUUACGGCACUGAAAACAGAUCCUCGAUAUUCGUGAAUAUCAGUCUUCCGCCUCCGGUGCUUAACAUAUCAGCCUUCCAUCUACCACCCGACCUAGGCGGCUCUAACUGGACGGACCCGAAGACCAAUCAAAAUCUGUUUGCGAACAAAUCAAAAGCAACUUGGGAGGCGUCAAAUCAGACUGACGACUUAGCAUGGAUAAAAUCGGAAGGGACUUGUCAGGGUCUAGAGACCUAUCGAUGGGGGUUCUCCAUGAUCCAGCUCAUUGUCAUGCUUGUCUGCCUACUUAUCUGGACCGUUGGCUCACUCAUCUUGUGGCGUCGAUACAAAUUUUUGAUGCGGAAACAAGGCCGCAAAGACGUCGUAGAUGGAUAUCAGGCUAUCAUCGAAUUCGCAGACAAUAUUCGGGUUCAACUUGCAAACACUGAGGAAGAGGACCCCAGAGACGUAUCCGCACUGACGGGGACCGAGAUACGCCGCCGUAUAACAAAAGAUUUGUCAGGAGGAGCUAUCGCUUAUGAGAUACCUCUCCUUCCCGAGGGAGAAGUUGCCGAAUAUAAAUCUGGUCGGCUGUUCGCUCUGUGGUUGAGCAAGGAGGUAUGGUGA